AUGAUUGGCGCAACCUCUUCAGCUCCAAGUGAACUUGUUAGUAUGGAUAUCGACGCUAUUGAAUCACUCUCGAGCCACUCUCCCCCGCGCUCUCCCCUUCCCGCUGAUGCCCCUGCUCCCUCGUCCCCCGAGGUUCGCCCGCUCAACGUCAAGGAUGCCUUGUCCUACCUCGAGAUGGUCAAGGUCAAGUUCCAGGACAAGCCAGAUGUCUACAACCACUUUUUGGACAUUAUGAAGGACUUCAAGAGCCAGGCAAUCGACACACCUGGCGUCAUCGACCGAGUCUCGUCGCUUUUCAACGGUCACACCGCUCUCAUACAGGGUUUCAACACUUUCCUCCCUCAAGGUUACCGUAUCGACUGCACUGUCGACGAGCACGGCCACAGCCUUAUUACGGUUACCACUCCAUCCGGCACCACCACCCAAACAACCGGCGGUCCGCCCUCCGCCCUUGCCUCUGCAUCCAUCAUCCACCCGGACUUGGCCCUCACCCAAAAGAACGCCCCGCCCAAGGUCGAGUUUAACCAAGCUGUGAACUACGUGAACAAGAUCAAGCAGCGCUUCGCCUCGGACCCAGACACAUACAAGCAAUUCCUCGAGAUUCUCCAAACCUAUCAAAAGGAGCAACAGCCCAUUGCAGAAGUCUACCAAAAGGUCAAUGUCUUGUUCGAUCAUCACCGAGACUUGUUGGAAGAUCUUCAACAUUUUUUACCCGACCAUGGUGAGAACGAUGGGGGCGCUCCUCGUCGGUCGGUGCGUGAUGAUGGUGCGCCGCCCAGCGGAAUGCGUCAGAUACAGUCCGUCAACGAUAAAAAGGCCCCAAGAAAAGACAAGUCAAUCAAGAGGAAAGACAUUGAUGAUGGUGAUAUACCUCUCACAGAUAAUUUGCAUGGACCUAGUGGCUAUCUUUACAGGCUUCCAGGAAUCAUUCCGAAGCCACAAUCAAAGGAGGGCCCGGAAACGAGGCCCUGGAAACCAGAAAUGGGAGUACUUCCAGCAAUACAGUCCGAACCUGACCUUAGGACUGUUAGUCUUCCCAGCAUAUCCUCUUUGCUUUCUAUCCUCGCCACAGAAUUAGGCACACCUCCAUUUAAGCGAGCUAGAACUGACUCCCGAAUUGAAAUGGAUUCGGUCCAAAAGCCGUUGGAACCAUGUACCAUAGAUCAUGAGGGCCGGCAAGUUAUAGCAGGAGACUCUGUGCUACCCAUGCGAGAAGCGCGGAAUGAAGCCCCUAACACUAGGGUCGCAGAAGGCGGCUUUGGUGAUGUCUGGAGAGGAAGACUAACUGAUGGGACAAGCGUGGCUAUUAAGGUCUUGAGGUAUAGCUUGGUUCGUUCCGAUGAGUCAAAAGAUAUCAAGCGUGCCAUGCGCGAGAUAUACAACUGGUCAAAGCUGGAACACAAGCAUGUACACAAACUUCUAGGAGUUACAAUGUUUCAGGAGCGACUUGGAAUGGUGUCAGUGUGGAUGGAGCAUGGUACUCUAAAACAGUAUCUGGAUCAGCAUACAAAUAUCGAUCGCCACAAACUGUGCUUUCAAAUAGCAGAGGGGGUAACGUAUCUACAUAGUGUGGAUAUGGUUCAUGGCGACUUAAAAGCUAGCAACAUUCUUGUGUCGUCGGAUGGCACUCUAAAACUUACUGACUUUGACUACUCCAUUAUCUCGGAUUGCAGUGUUGUAUUCUCUGCGACUACCCGGGGUGGUGGGGGGACUCUUCGAUGGAUGGCUCCAGAGCUUUUAAUAAGCGAAAAUCCUGUAGAAAGGAGCAAAUUCACUGAUAUAUAUGCACUCGGAAUGACUUUCCUUGAGACUGUAACAAACGCUCUUCCAUACUCCGAAUGCCAGCGCGAUGCUCAGAUAUACCGAAAACUUCAUCUUGAAGAAUAUCCCAAAAGAUCGAUGACACACUUCCCCGAUAAUAGACUUGGCAAUUCCAUGUGGGAAAUAUUGAUUAAGUGUUGGGAUUAUAAUCCUUCCUCCCGACCUACCGCAGGUCAAAUCCUUGUCACUCUUGAGACCGAGAUCAAUCUUACAAAUUAG